AAAUUCUCCAUACUCCCCGCUCCCCGCAGCAUGACAGUAGAGCCGCCUGGUCCUACCACGACUCCUCCCCGACAUCAGCACCUUUCAUGGCAAGCCAAGAUCCUGCAGCUCGCCAAGGCGCCGGUUCUAAUGCUCCCGUCGUCAGAUUUCGUGGGUCUAGUGCCUGCGAGAAAUGCCGUCUCCGAAAGACAAAGUGCGAUAACAGGCGCCCAAGUUGCGGAUUUUGCUUGAAGCGACGUGUCACUUGUGUAUACCAGGAUGACAACAAUGCAGGACUGGUAACAGGGGAGGACAUCCUCCAAGCGGUCAACAGGGUGGCGAACUUGAUUGAGGCUCAACAGAGAGAACAACGGCAGCAGCAGCAGCAGCAGCAGUGGAUGCCAUGUGCAUCUUGUGGGUCUCGCUCGACGCCUGCUAGGGGUCCGACAUCACAAUCCUGGUCUCCGUCAGCUUGCAGCCAACCCGACAAUGCCAAUCUAGGGCCAAGCGACCCGUCGCCGUGCGAGACCGUUCGACCUCAAGGGGUCGAAUCGGUCCUUGGCUGGCAAAUAUUGGCCUCGAAUCUUCCACCGUCUCUGUGUCUCUUUGACCAGCCGGUGGCCGAGGCCAAUCAGCCUUACUCGCUGCCUGAUAUGAGCUAUUCCCAGCUCUCGCGUCUGGAGUCGAAGUACAUUGAAUUCCUUCAUACAAAGAAUCCGAUUCUAGAUCUGAAUGAACUACAUCGUAUGGUGCUUCACGUCGCGGAGAAUGGGCCGGAUUGGUCCACAAAAACCUGCUUGGUAGCCCUGGUUUGCGCAAUUGCCGUCCUUUCUGAGGCUUAUCCCGGGACUAUAACGAGAUCUGGGGCGCAGUCAACGCCUUCACUGGACCAGGACGAUGAGAGCGGCGCCGACGCCAAGUUGUCGCUGCAGUUUUGGAACAUUGCUCUGAAACGUCUCGGCUACGCAAUGCGUGAGAAUAGUGUUGAGGCUGUUCAAAGCCUGGUGUUAGCUGGAAUUUGGUACAUGCAUCGAAUGGAACCCCUCGAAGCCUGGAAACACUUCAACCUCGCUGGCGCAGCCUGGAACACCCUGAGGUUAACUCGAUUUCCACUUGGUGAUCUUAUAGACAACACAGAUACGACGCCCAAUGAGCACACUAUAUUGCAAGCGCUCUACUUCACUAUCUGGAAGUCAGAAUGCGAAUUGCGCCUGGAAUUGCCGGUACCAGGUCCCCCUCUAAUCAACAACACGUAUUUCCCGCUGGCGUUUCCCCAGCCGCCCAGGCUUGGUUCGCAACCGUCGACGCCCGAGGCAUCAGAGAGCGAGAGAAGUUGGUAUUAUUACCUCACAGAGAUUGCAGCGCGACAUCUGCUCAACCGUUUGGUGCAAAUGAACUCGGAGUGUGCCGACACGCCUACGGAGAGACAGGUGUCGCUUCUAAUUGGCCGUACUGAGAUGAUGCAGGCUCAAAUAUCCGACUGGUAUACUUCGUUACCAUCCAUAUUCCAUUUUGCCGUCCCGGAUGGCUACGAUGCCGAUUUCCAAUCUGAUCACAUGAUAUUUGUUCUUCAGCAUCGGUAUUUUACCCUCCGUGAGCUCGUUUCAAGACCUUUCGUCCGGCUCUUUGUUGAUGGGCUAAUUGACGGGAUGGAUCCUUUGAUUCGUGCUCGAGCUCGGUCAUUCGCGUCAGAGUGCAUGCAAUUCUGUAUGCUCAAAUUGUCCCAAACCGUGGCAUACCGUCAUCAAGGAAACUGGUAUCUGCUGCGAUCCAUGACGACUUCGUCAUUGAUUCUGGCCGCAGUUCACCUGGCACAAUGCCGACUACGGGAGCGCGAAGCUGCCGGAGCCACGCCAACAUCAGAGAACCUGAUGCCGCCAGAAGCUUGGAUAUCGCGAGUCAAGGAUGCUGUGGAGUCAGCCCAGCCCUUUUUCGACGAAACGAGCGGUGGCGCUUCGAAUAUGAAACAGAUGAUCUUGGCCGCACUGGAAGCUGCUCAGCAACGUUCGGCGUGGUGCGGUUAGAGGAACUAUGGAAACAUAGUGACUUCAUACAAUUGGCUACAAUUGGCCACAGUCCUUGUACUGACUCUCCUCCUCCUGUACUAAACCGUAUGGUACUGGAGCCUUUGAAAUGGCCUGCGGCGUUCGUUUUGACAGUCGUCACAUCGGCGAGUUAGGGAGAGGAUAUCUUCACGAGGGCUUCUUUCGCCGCGAGUCACCGCCUCUAAUAUGAUUGACCAUUAUGACACGCGUCCUAUCACAUCUGAGGAAUAGAUUGACACGUGAGUCAUCUAUGAGGCGGAGCUUCUCUCCCUCCUUCUCCCCUCGUGCUCGUCGGAAUCUCGGGCUUUCGAAUCUAAUACCCCCCGUCUGCCCAGAGAGAUUCCAGUCAAAUCGCCUCCCCAAAUUCCGGCCUAGAAGUGACCGGCGGCGUGUCCACUGUAAUUUCCCUCCUGGAUGCCUCGAUCAAGAUCUAUGACAACGCUCAAUAUGACUUCAAGUUAUCUAUGCUUUCGAAGUCGUUCGACGCCAGAUGCCCGUUAUCCUCCAAUUCUUUCUGACAUGAGAUUGGACCUAGAACCGGAUAUAGGCUCUAUGCCCUCGGAUGUCUCUGCCACUCUGAACAAGAUCCUUGUUGAUUGUGAUAAAAAGGCACAGACCACGAAAGUAAUAUUCGAGCGUGUCAUUUCUAGUGAGAAGGAUAGUUGGGAGAAAUGAUACGCAAACGUCAUUCGGAGGCUUGGAAAGGGAAACGAAGUCGAAACGCUCAUGGGUGCACUCGCUCAAGACGUCCAACUCCUCGUCAACAGCUUUGGUAAUGUAGGUAAAUAAUCAUUUUCUGAAUAUAUAGGUUAUCUCAUACUAAUUCUUACACUAAGGGACCAUAGCAUACUAAGGAUCAAGCAAGAGCAUCUUCUCGUUGUUGUUAUAUCAAGACUUGAAAAAUUGUAUUUAC